GUGCUGGGAUUACAGGCGUGAGCCACUGCGCCUGGCUGGGACUGGUCUUAAAAGGGAGUAGGGAUCCUUCUCCCUCAGAACAGGAGGAAAGGAGGGGCAGGCCCUCUCCGCAUUGUGGCCCUAGUCGUCAGUGUGGGUCUCACAUGGAUCGUGGUCAGCAUCCUCCUGGGUGGGCCUGGCGGUGGCUUUCCUCGCAUCCAGCAACUCUUCACCAGCUGGAGUGCAGUGGUGCGAUCUCGGUUCACUGCAACCUCUACCUCCUGGGUUCAAGCGAUUCUAGUGCCUCAGCCUCCCGAGUAGCUGAGACUACAGGUCCAGAGAGCUCGGUGACUGCAGCGCCACGGGCCAGGAAGUACAAGUGCGGCCUGCCCCAGCCAUGUCCUGAGGAGCACCUGGCCUUCCGUGUGGUCAGCGGGGCCGCCAACGUCAUUGGGCCCAAGAUCUGCCUUGAGGACAAGAUGCUGAUGAGCAGCGUCAAGGACAACGUGGGCCGUGGGCUGAACAUCGCCCUGGUGAACGGGGUCAGCGGCGAGCUCAUCGAGGCCCGGGCCUUUGACAUGUGGGCCGGAGAUGUCAACGACCUGUUGAAGUUUAUUCGGCCACUGCACGAAGGCACCCUGGUGUUUGUGGCAUCCUACGACGACCCAGCCACCAAGAUGAAUGAAGAGACCAGAAAGCUCUUCAGCGAGCUGGGCAGCAGGAAUGCCAAGGAGCUGGCCUUCCGGGAUAGCUGGGUGUUUGUGGGGGCCAAGGGUGUGCAGAACAAGAGCCCCUUUGAGCAGCACGUGAAGAACAGUAAGCACACCAACAAGUACGAAGGCUGGCCCGAGGCGCUGGAGAUGGAAGGUUGCAUCCCGCGGAGAAGCACAGCCAGCUAGUACGGCCAGCGCCAGGACCAGGCCGAGGGAGGCCAGGCCAAGGGAGGCACGCGCGCUGCCGGGCGAACAGAGGCCGAAGCCCACACCCCACGCCUGGGCAGGAGUGCUCUGUGGCCCCAACACAUUGGGGCUCCGAGGCAGUGACCAGAAUGUGGUGUUCCAGGUGGUGGAGGAUAUGGGGGCUGCAGGGGCUAGCCCUGCUGCACUUUGUCACGGGAGCCCAGGGUACCCGCCUCCUUUUCGUAACACUGUUCCCCCGGUCAGCCCAUCUAGCCCUGUCCUCCUCCAUUCUUCACACCAUCUCCGUCCCCAUCCUGAGUCCUGGAACAGCCCUGGGUGCCCGCCCCUCACUGUGCAACUCUGGGAGCAGCCCCCGUCAGGUUGGGGCAUCUUCCAGAACCUCUCCCUUCUGGAGCCACCCUCUGCACCGCGGGCUAAACAUGUUUCCAGUGUGAUUCCUUCCAGUGAGCCAAACCCAGUGGCUGCUUCAUGAGCAGGCUGGCCCGGGGUGGUAAAGCAGCUGGAGCCCUGAUCACGGUCCCGCCCGCCGUUUGUCAGGGGGCCCACCUUCUAGAUGGCCCCUUAAUAAAGUGAUGGCCCCACAGAAGAAAUGC